AUGAAGGUAUUUGUUUGUUUACUUGCUGUUUGUGCAGUAGCCAAUGCUGGAUUUUUGGGAGGCCUCGGAGGAGGUGGCGGUGGCGGCGGCGGUGGUGGCUGGUCCGGUGGUGGUGGUGGCGGCUACGGCGGCGGUGGUCACGGUGGUGGUGGUGGCGGCUACGGUGGUGGCGGCGGUGGUGCUCCCGUAAAAAUCAUCAAAAUCAUCUCUGAAGGAGGUGGUGGUGGUGGUGGAUAUGGCAGCGGUGGCGGCUACGGAGGUGGCGGCGGCGGCGGCUGGGCUGCUGGCGGUGGUGGCGGUUAUGGUGGUGGUGGCGGCUACGGAGGCGGCGGCGGCGGCGGUGUCGGUGAAGUCAAAGUCAUUAAAGUCAUUUCACAAGGAUCCAGCGGUGGUGGCGGCUACGGAGGCGGUGGCUACGGAGGUGGCGGCGGCGGUGGUGGCUGGGCUGCUGGUGGUGGUGGCGGUUAUGGUGGUGGCGGAUAUGGCGGUGGCGGCGGCGGCGGCUCCGGUGGUGUUGUCAAAAUCAUUAAAGUCAUUUCACAAGGCGGUGGCGGCGGAGGCGGCGGCGGCUAUGGCGGUGGUGCUGGCGGCUGGUCCGGUGGUGGCGGUGGUGCCGGUGGCUGGUCCGGUGGCGGCGGCGGCUGGUAA